AUGAGAGUCGGUGAAGACUGUCGAAGCAAAAGAUAUCACCUUGGCUCAGACUUCUCCGAGACCACGGGCACUGAUAUGAGAGCGAUCCUAGCCCACGAAGAACAGGGCUUGACUGUCAGGUUGAUAACAGUAACAACCUUCGAUGAGUGCGCGCGUCACCAGCGCCGGACGUUGGAUUACACGGUCCUAAAGCUACGACUACAUACCGCUAAGCAGCGUGGUGACUCCCUCCUUUCUCCACAUAUCCUUUGUCAUCGCCUGCGGCUCAAAUACAAGCCCAAACCCGAGCACGUCGGCGACCUCAAGCCACCGCCGAAUCCCGAGGGAGACAACGCGGCCGAUGGUGUCCCGGAGGUCGUCGCCUGUCAGCAGCGGCGCUACGCUGGUCUCCUUACCCUUCUCGCGCCUCAACAGAGCCUGGAGCUUGUCCUUCCGAAUGUGCCACACAGGGUCCACAGGGCGACAACGGCGCCUGGAGGAGCGGUCAGGAGGCGACUUGCACCAAGUUGA